AUGUCGCAGGGCACUGCGCCGCCCGACGUGGCGGCCUACCUGGAGGCUCUGUUCGUGGUGGGCUCGGAGCUCUUCGCAGCGGGCCUCGAGGCGGAGAAGGUGGCCGUGCGGCGCGCUCUGGUGUGGUGCGGCGUUCAGGGGCGCACGGGCAUCGCGGAGCAGCUCGCCGUGCAGGCGACGAAGGCGCUGCUCGCGACGUUUUGCAUCUCGUGGGUGAUCUCAUGGUCGUCGGUGAUCGGAGCGUUCCCCCUCGCGGCGCUGCUGCUCGCUGCGUCGAUGCACGCUCUAGGGCCGUGGCUCUUCACCGGCGUGCUCCCGCUCAAGGUGUCAUCCGGCGCGGGGGACGCUGGGAAGCAGGCUGGCGGCAGGGGCGGCGACGGAGAGGGCGAGAGGGACGGAACGAAGGAGCACGGGGACGGGAAGAGAGUGGGCGCAGCGCAGCUGCCGCCCACGUCUGGAGGCAAGCCGCGGGGGGCGCGGCGGGCGGCGGGGCAUAGUCGCGGCGGUGCGGCGUCGUGGGAUGGGAGGGAGGUGCGCCAGGAGGCCGCGGGGGCGUGGAGGAAUUUAGUAAACGCACCAGCUGUGGAGGCUGCGUGGGAGCUCCUGUCGGACUCAAUCAUCCAGGAAUUCAUAUACGACGCGUGGUGGACGCAGAUAACAGACGACCGGCAGCUCCCAGCGGAGGCCCGCCGGCUCCUCAACAACCUCUUCGGGGAACUCUCCUCCCGCGCCAAGGAUCUCGACCUCCGCCCGCUCCUCCUGCGCGACGUACCGGACCUGCUCGUGAACCAGCUGGAGACGUUCCGCGACACGAUGGAGGGCCUCGAGCUGCCGGACGCGCGGCACCUGACACUGUCGGCACGCGAGCGCGCCAUAUCACAGGAGCUCGCCGUCGAGGGCCUCCUGCACCCCGCGCUCCGCUCGCAGCAAGCCAUGGACCGCUACCUCCAGCGCCUGUGCGAGGGCAUGGUCGCGAUGCUCCUCCCGGCGUCCGAGAACAAGGCCGUGCGCGUGCUCUGCCGCGAGCUCCUCGCCCGCAGCGUCCUGAGCAACGUCAUCACCUGGGCGCACCCCUGGCACGCCAACCGCCUCGCGCUCUACCUCCUGCAGCAGGCCGACCCGAGCCCCGCGCUCACGCCCGCGGAGGCCGCCGCGGCGGCGCAGGCGCGGGCGCAGGCCGCCGCCAGCGUCCCCGCAGGGCAGCACAUUGUGCAUCGCGCGCGGCGGAGCGCGUUCCUGGAGCGCGGGGACGUCGCGGCGGCAGAGGCGAGGUCGCGCGGACACGGCGCAGGCGCGUCGCGGCUGGGUCCGGCGCCGGGCGAGCCCCCGCCGACGCCGGUCGUGCCUGUCGCGGGCGCGGUGGCGCGUGGGUUCGCGGCGGAGGCUGCCGCGGAGGUCACCGCGUCGCCCGCGACGUCGACGACGCUUCCGGUGAGCGCGCCCGCGCCGUCGAGCGACGCGGCGACGCAGGGGGGAGUCGGGGGGGACUUUUUGAAAGGGUCCGGGGGACUGAUGGAGGACUGGAUCGUCCUGGGCAAGGCGCGGCCAGAGUCGCGCGACGACCUCGCGGACAACGACGGCGCCCCCGCGAACGACGCCUCCGCCGACGACGCCCUGCGGCCCCGCGCGAGCGAACCCCCCCCCCCGGCCCCGGAGGACCCCUCCCUCGCCGACAGCGCGAUGAGCGCGCCGGGCCCGCGCGACGGAACCGACCCGCCCUCCCCCGCCGCGCCGGGCCCCGUCGCGCCCAUCCGCGCCGCGCGCGUCGUCGCGGCGGAGAUCGUACAGAGCCGCGCCGACCAGCACGUGUCGUACAAGGUGCGCGUCACCGACGCCGGGGACCGCUCGUGGACGGUCUCGCGGCGGUACCGCGAGUUCGAGGCCCUGCACCGCGCGCUCCGGGACCUCCCGGAGUACUGCAUGCGGCUCCCGCCGAAGCGGUUUCUGGUGCACACUCAGAGUCCUGAAUUCGUCGAAUCCCGGCGACGGCAGCUGGAUAAGUACCUCACCGAGGUGCUCCAGGACCCGCUCUUGUCCGGCCUCGGCGAGGUGCUGCACUUUUUGUGCUCGCAGCAGUACCCCGGAGGCCCCGGGGGGUCUGCGCGGACCCUCGACGUGGUCGCCGACCUGACGCCGGUGCGGUCCGCGUCCGCGACGGACCCCACGGGCAUCGCGAACCUAGCAGCCGCCGCGAACGCCUCGCCGCCUGACCCGCGGAGCCACCAGGCCGCCGCCAGCGCGUCCGCCAGCGGCAAGGUUGGGCGCGGACAGCCCGGCGUCGGCGCGGGCCCGGCGGCGCGGCGGCGGCGGCCCGUCCGGCGCACGGCGGGGGGCUGGUCGUCGUGGAUGGGCGGGGGGCGAUCCGCGGCGGGGUCGAGCAUGGACGUGGACGGCGACGACGACGAGCGCGGCGGGUGGGAGUGGGACGACAACACGAAGAUGCUCCUGCCGCUGGACGACCUGGUGUCGGUGGUGUUCCAGCUCGACUCGCGCGGCUGGUUCCGCCGCCAGGUCAUCCUCGUGGCGCGCCAGAUCCUGUCGCUGAUGGCCAACACCGCCAUCGAAGACUACCUGCGGCAGUGCGUCAAGUCGCUGCAGGACCCGAACCUCAUCUCGCGCGCGAUUCUCUCCGUGCACUCCUCGCUCUGGCCCGGCGGCGUGUGGUUCCAGCGGCGCUCGCACGGGGCCAACGUGCGGCACUGCGAGACGCAGACCGGGCUGAGCUUCAUGCAGCCGCGCGAGGCGGGGCCGGCGCCGGAGGCCGAGGGCGCGGCGGCGCGGCGGUUCGGGCACGCGGAGGUCGACGGCGAGGCGACGAACGAGCAGGGCGUGCCGCCGCUGGACUCCGACGAGAUGAUUGCGCUGCAGCGCGAGGUGUCGCGCAGGGUGGCGAUGCAGACGCCGGAGGCGAUGGUGCUGCUGCUGGGGGAGGCGGCGUGCCAGCAGGGGCUGCGGGACGUGUUCAGCAUGAUGCAGAGCGAGGCGUUCGUGAAGCAGCUCGCGUUGGGGUGUUUGGAACUGUCCGUUACAUAUUUGUUCCCGGAACUGCGCACGCUGGUGUCGGAGCUGCGGAGCGGGAAGUGA